AUGACGCUACGAUGUGGGCCAUUUGCGGCGAUGGUGACAUCUCGUUGGCCGUUCGCCCGCGUGGUCUCCAAUGAACACGCCAGCACCGCCUAUCAAACAUGGGGCUGCUCUGCUUCUGUGAAUAUGUCCCUGCCCCGUCCUUCUGAUCCCAUGGGUCGCUUCCCUGACGUACGGAGUGUCGCAUUCGCAGCGCGCUCCACUGACUCCGACACCAGAUCGUCCUGA